AUGGCAUUUCAGCUGAACGGUAAAGUCGCCAUAGUAACAGGAUCCAGUUCGGGACUUGGUGAAGCCAUCGCCAUUUUGUUUGCUGCUCGAGGGGCCAGCGUCACUCUGUGUGGUCGGGACGAAGAAAGGCUUAAGUCUGUUUAUGAAAAGGCUGUAGAAACCAGCGGUGGACAUCCAGAAAGGUUCAUAACAGUCCGGGGUGACUUAAACGACCAGAAGGUUCGAGAGAAUGUUGUUAACCAGACCGUUAGCAAAUUUGGGCGUUUGGAUAUUUUGGUAGCGAAUGCUGGAAUUUCUAAUGCAAAUUGCUCACUCUCUGACGCAACGGAUGAAUCAUAA